UCUAUGUCGAUACGCCCGCGCAGCAGUUUGUGGCGGACAGCAAAGAGGACACAACACAUAAUGAAGCACAUAUUAACACUGGCUCUAUUGGCGGUUGCCCAUGCUCAGUUUCAAAAUGGCCGAAUUUUAGAGCCACCCGUACCUGGUCAAUGUGUCCAAAGAGUAAUUCACGAAAGAUACGCUGACAAUAAGGGCUACUUCUUCUCUUGGCGCGACCCCGCCCUACGAGGGGUCGAGGAAGAUUGGCUAAGUGCCAGAAACUACUGCAGGCAACGCUGUAUGGACCUUGUGUCCUUGGAGACCAGCGACGAAAACGAAUGGAUCAAAGCUCGCAUCCUCCAAGAUAAGGUUAAAUAUAUUUGGACAUCUGGUCGUCUCUGCGACUUCAAGGGUUGCAACAGACCCGACUUGCUUCCCAACGAGAUCAAUGGCUGGUUCUGGACCGCAGAGUUACAAAAACUAGCGCCGACCACAAACCGACAGCAGAACGACUGGUCCGAAGGUGGUGGUAUUGGCAAACCACAACCAGACAAUAGAGAGCUAAUCCAGGGUGGUGCAGCCGAACACUGCGUUGCAAUCCUGAACAACUUCUACAACGACGGCGUCCACUGGCACGAUGUUGCUUGUCACCACCGCAAGCCGUUCGUGUGCGAAGAGAACGAUGCCCUUCUCAAAUAUAUUAGAUAUACCAACCCCAACUUGAGGGUUUAAUAACUGUUACAUUUAUGGAUAUUUUCAGCUGAAGUACACACUUUUCAUGAUGAUAAAUCACGUCAAAUUGAGUCUUUAAUUAGCUUACUCAUUACUUACGUUCAGGCGACGACAUUGGGAGACAAAUAAAAUUCAAUUACUUACUUUUAAUUUAAAAGAUUGCAGUGUACUUACAAUAUUAAUUCUGUCACCAAGAAACAAUGUCUAUUAAGUUUAUGUAUAAGUCUAAAAUAUUGUCCCUCUAAUAUUUUAAGUUUUACCUCACAUUAAUAUAUUUAUUUAUUCACAUAUUUAUUGUAAUAAGUGUGUAGCCUAACAUUUAAUGCAGUUUUAUAUUGUGUAAAGUGUAAACGAUUAACUGAACAAUUUAUAAUUAAAGACUGCUAUUCCUCGAAA